UGCCCUUUAUUUAACGAAAAAAAACAAAAGGAAAUACGUUUGUAACUUAUAAAAGUGUUUGUAACUGAAGAAAAUCUUUUCUAGGUUUUUUUCUUUUUGUGUUUACCAGUUCUUUCGAGACAAUGGCGAAAUCAACGCUUCUUCGCCCACAGUUCUUCCACAAACUUGUUCCUGGCUUCCACACUCACCUUAUAAUUCCUGUAAACUUCUUCUCCAAGUAUAUAGAAGGAAGAAGCGUGGAUAACACGGCUCAGCUGAAAUCUGACUCGUCAGACAUAACCUGGCAAGUGAAGAUAUCUGAUCGGAUACUCAGUGACGGAUGGAGAGAGUUCGCCGUAGCUCAUAGUCUUCAAACCGGCCACCUCAUCCUUGUCAGAUACGAAGGAGAUAUGGUCUUUCAUGUCUCGGAUUGCGGUGAGAUUCCAAGCAACAACAACGAUGAUGAUGAUGAUAAGCACUCACACCCAAGAAUAGACGUUGAUGAUCUUCCUAAUAAGAAGAGAGCGAAGACGAACAGUAAUGAAACAGAAGCGGAUUCUUAUUCUUUAGACAACUCAUAUUUUGUGGCCACUGUCACGGCUUUCAAUCUACUCAUAGAUACACUGUAUCUUCCGCAACACUUCACAAGCUCAAACGGUCUUAGAAAAGAAUCCCAUAAGAUUGUUUUAAUAGAUGGAGAGGGAGGAUCAUGGACACUGGACCUGAGGUUCAAUGAUUCAUCCGAUACUUUUUACAUGAACCGUUGGAGAAGUUUCUGUGAAGAAAACGGCCAAGAAGCUGGAGGCAACUUUACGUUUAAACUUGUUGGAAACGGGGAAACUCCUGUGCUAUGUUUCUGCCCUACAGAAUCUAUCGGUAGUACAAGGCAAAGAGACUCUUCUGAAGAAGAAGAAGAGGACACAGAAUGGGAGAGUGAGGAAGAAGACGAGCCAUUAAAAGAGACAGAAAAGAAGAAGUGUGAUCCAAAACGAAGAGCUGUGCCAUAUUCAUCAUACUCACCGUUGAUAUGGGAAGACACGACUCCUGCGUUUAGUUUGUGCUGUCCAGAUCAAUCUACCAGUGAUAAAGAUCAAGAAGAGUAUUUCAAACGUAUCAAGAAACACUCUCUCUACAUAGAUCCUGGCAGCAAAGAAGAGAACAGGUCAUGGGAAAGAGAUUCAACUCCAUCAAGCCAAAACCCAUUGGUAACAAUAAAAAUCAGACCCUACAUUCUCACGUGUAAUAGAAUGCGUCUUCCGCAGCUUUUCGUGACGGAGAGUAACAUGAACAAGCCUGGAAUGAUAUAUCUGUUGGGAAAAGAUGAUAGGAAGUGGAUGACAAAUCUUGUGAAGGAAAGAGACGGGAGAAUGAAUUUGGGAAGCGGCUGGAAAGUUUUUGCUGAAGCAAACGGCUUUAAGCCAGGCGAAUCCGUUACGUUGGAGUCAAUAUGGGAAGAUGGGACUCCUAUGAUCAGGUUUUUCCGUACAUGGUCUAACAACAGUUCAAAAGCUAACAAGAAAGAGUCGGUUUCCACGGAAGUCGUCACAGAGCCUAGAACGAGAGAUUCAUCUUCAGAGAUCCAUGACCGGUUCGUGACAUUGACGUUAUUACCUGAAGAUGUCAAAGCCGGUGUACUGAUGCUUCCUAGUCAGUUCUUGAAGGUUAAUGGCAUCAACAAACUUGAGAAGAUAACUAUUGUGGCUGAAAACAAAAUGGAGUUGUCAGGAUGUCUGUUGUCAAGAGGUGGAACUGUUGCUUUGGAAAAUGGUUGGGGUGAAUUUUGUGAAGCUAAUGGCGUAAAGCUAGGAGAAUCUUUCACUUUGGAGUUCAUUAAGAAACCAGACAAAACAGCUCAUGUAUUUAAGUUUUGUUCUCCUGAGACUAACAAAUAGUACCAAAAAUGUUAGUUACAGCAGUUCCAGGUAGUGACAACUCUUCAUGGUUGUAAUCGAUAAUACAAGUUGAACUUUUGAUGAGUCAUUCUUCGUGUAGUGCAUGUCUA